AUGAGUGUAUUGUUUUUAUUAAUAUUACCUUUGCCAUAUUUGGUUCGUAGACAGUACACCACUUUAUACUACAAAUUUGCUUCUUUACCACAAGUUAAAACAGUUAUAGUUAUAUCAGGUUUAUUAGUUGGUACUUUAUUUGUAGAUUCAUGGAAGAGGUCAAGAUUAUUAUUACCGGAGGACCGUACUCUGAUUACACCAGAAUUGUUGGCUUCCAAGGCUUAUAAUCAACGUAACGUUUACAUUGCUGGAUUUAUUUUAUAUUUUGCACUUUGUAUCCCUAUAACCAUGAGUAUCGUAAGAAGAUUGGUGAAAUAUGAGGAGUUGAAUAGAGCCAAAGAAGCUUCUUCUGGUACCGCUACUGAAAAGGAGGAACAAGACAAUGAAAUUACUGAGUUACAAAAACAAUUGAAAAACAAACAAGCGUCAUUAACGGCUAUGGAAUCGCAAUAUAAAAAUUUGCAAUUACACGUGGAAAAAGAAUUGGAUGAUGAAAAUGGGAAGCCAUCUAUUGAGGAUAAAAAGAAAGCAUGA